AUGUCUGCUACGAUUGAGUUGAUACUGUCCCCACCAUACAAUGAACAGUUCUAUACAUUCAGGGAUAUAAUUUCGGGCACAGUCAUUAUUACCCUUGAAAAACCACUAUCGGUGCAAAAAGUGGAUGUUAUCUUCAUGGGAACUUCAGAAACCGUUGUAAGACCUGGAGAUUAUGGUGAAAAUGGCACACUGACCAACAUACAAACCCCUCCAGGAGAGGUACGAUCUGACCAUGUCUUAGUCAAUUCAAAACAACAGCUAUUUCCGCCAGAAAAUGUUGCGAACGCUAUUCAAGGUUCCACUAAACCAUUCAAGCUUGAACGAGGUAAGUACGAAUACACUUUCUCAUUUCAAAUUCCCAAAAAACCUAAAUGCAUAUCGACACAUCCCAAGAAAUUAUUUACGUUUCUGUCAGACAAAGAAUUCAUAACACUUCCGCCGAGCUUCAACAAUUCAGUGGAUAGAAGAAAUAUAUCAAAUUUGGACACAUACUUUUAUACAUUGGGGCAGAUCGAAUAUCGCGUAUAUGCCAAAUUAUUCACUGGCAAAGGUAAAGAUUCAUGGUUCAACCCUUUUAAAAACAAGAAAAUUGUUAGCAAAGCCAUUGAGUUCAUACCAUCUCUUAUGCCCAAUGGUGAGCGAGAAGAGCUUUUACCAGAAACGGCCCCACCUUUAAAGACUUAUUCCUCCAAAUUUAAUAUUCUUCUCAAUGAUAGUCUGGAAGCGAGAGCAGAAGUUCGCGCCCGGACGCUAAACUCUGUUUUCAGAUUAGAUUAUCUUUUCAAAACCCAUUGCGGUAAAUUUGAUGAAGUCUAUUUGGUAUUUUCAGACCGCCCACCACCCAAUAUAGAUUUACGUCUUGUCAGAGUCCAGCUCAACCUCCUAGAAAUGGUGACAUAUUUAGCUACCGGGAGAACAAAUGCGAAUAUAAAUUCUCUUCGACUCGCCCAACAAUACAUGGAUCUUCCCAUUAUAUUAUCACACUGCCGGCGGAAACCUGAUGGAAGCUAUGAGUACCCUAUACAUCUCGAUCGGGUGGAAAAUUUGAAUUUAUUACAAUUUAACCAAGAAGACUACAGACACAAAGGAAACAGAUUGUACAGCUUUACUACCUGCAAUAUCAAAAGGAAAUACAAAUUUCAAUUAUUUCUGGAUUGGAAUUUGAAUGGGAAGAAAAUGUUGCAAACUGAAAUCUUAACUAAUUACGUUAACGUGUUUUGCGAGUCCCUAAAAUUACUAGAGCAUCCUCCACAGUACUCCGACGAUGAAUUACCUCCGCAAUACGAUUCCUAG